AUGGAUACACCUGAGGAUGCUAUGGAGACUGAGCCUACUGGCGCUGGAUCGUCGGCUUGGGAACAGCUCGCGCGGGCACGAUUCUCCCUGAGGUCGUCACAGCCUCCCAGCGCCGAAGAGCGCGCUUUCAUAGACACGGAGAUCCGUGAGCUCGAGCGCGUCCUACAGGCGGCUAAAGACCUGCGGAAUCGCAGGACCAGCCUUGGAUCUCUUCCUGACGAGCUACUGGUUUACAUCAUGCGCCUCCUCCAGGACACAUAUCCUCCCGGCUCCUUGGCCAUAUGGGGUGUCACACAUACCUGUCGUCGUUUGAGAGCGCUUGGACUGGGAUGUCCGUCCUUUUGGACUACUUUUUCGACCAGUUUCCUAUCCUCUCUCACUAUGACCCUGCCGGCGGUGCUCCCACGAUCCGAUAAUCUCCCUCUUUCUUUGCAUUUACGGAGGAUGAAAUCGCACGAAGUGGCUUUCGUCCGCAAUCAACUCAUUGGACUAUGCGGCUCUCGCAUACAGACCGUCUAUCUUGAGCCCACCAGCGUCAGUGAUGCCACGGUCCUGAUCAAUGCGUUCAUAUCGAAUGAACUCUCGUCACUCGAAAACCUACAACUCAAGAUUCCCCCAUCUUGGGUUGUGAACGUCCAUCUGCCGGCCUCGGAGAACAUACCCCCUCAUCUCGCCAAACUGGCCCUUGAUGGUGUACCUUUCAAAUAUAGCUCCCCAAUCUAUAACAAUCUUCGAAGCCUGUCCAUUACUCGCCCACCGGGCUCUCUUGAACUGUCAUAUUAUGAUGUGAAGGAUCUUGCUACCCGCAUGCAGAGGGUCGAGCUAUUGGCUCUCAAUCAUUGCACAGAUGUUCGCUCGUUCGCGGACGCUAACGCUCGACGACUUCCCAUGAUCAAACAACCUUCCUCGCUUCGCAAAUUCAUAUUCACAUCUCUAGGCAUCCGCAAUAUGUUGAUGUCCCUCGAGCCACAUCCCAAUGUGAAUAUGGAGGUCCUAGACUCCACUCCUCCCAACAAAGCCAUGCUAUCUGCGAUGUCCGCUGAGGACAAGGGGUUUUACGACCCUCUCGAGCUCCAUGUAGCUGAGUAUAUGCGCCCUAAAGCUGCACGGUUCAUUCUUCGUAUCGACGUCAGCGGGCGCACGGUGGUGACUUGGUCCUUCUGGCGUGAAGUGCCCGUCUCCGGCUCGUUCGCUGCAUCAUCACCGGACUUCUACCUGCAACGCUUCGCGUUUCACGAGGAGCCAUUCCCAACGCACUUCCGAAUGAACGUGCUCAGCAAUCUCGUCGACCUGAGCCUUGACAUUGAAGAUAAACAGCUGGCCGAACAUUGGGGGGCUGUACUCGAACAGCUGUCCUUCGUAUUGACCUUGAAGACGCUGCGCGUUACCGAACGUACCUUCUUAUCGCCUCACUUUGCCGCAGUCUUGCAUAUGCGGUCACAAAGAAGGGAUGACUCGUACGACCUACUUCCCAAACUCAACGUACUCGAAGUCAUGCCACAUCCGUUCCCCACCGCAGUCGACGAAGAUCACCUCUUGGCGGCGCUGGACGAGUUGACAUCAUUCCUACAUCGGCGCGCGACUGAUGGGAAACCUUUGUCCGUGCUCUGUAUCCCGGCGUACUGGCCAAAUACGCUGGACCAUGCCAUUCCGCGGAGCGCCAGAUGGAGAGACACUGUCACGGAGCUCAAGCUACUCUGA